AGUACCAGUCACGAGUGAUCAGAUCUUUUCCAAUUGCUCUUUUCGCGGCCUCUGUUUUGAUUGAAAGCCAAGGAUGAGAUGCCCUUCGUUUUUUUUCGUAGCUCCACUCGUCAAUGUCCUGCCUCUCGUCAAUGUGCAGGCCGGCGUUCUUGCCGCUCCCCCGGUGCAGCCGUUCCGCAUGCUGGGAAGUACGUGGCAGGUCCACGACAACACGGAUCAAGAAGAGCAAGAACUACAACUUACCCGAAACAAGCUUCUCGAGAAUUAUGAUCUCGCCAAAGAAGACGAUACCAGCAUCAGUGGGACCACUUUGAAAAAGCCAGAGCCAGACGAAAGCAGGGAUUCCCACCCGCUAUCCGCAGAACAAGAGCUGCUGCAACUCCGGCUAGAGUGGAUCCGGCAAUGGAGCACGAAGACCGCCCCGGGCUACCUGCGGCGCGCGCUGGACCAGCUGGCGGAAGCGCUGGUGCUGUGGGGCCCCCAGGGCACGGAGCUGGGUAUCAAGGAGAAGGGGGUCCGGCGCGUGAACAAGGAGGUGGAGAAGCACGACCCGCCCGCGCUGCUGAUGGAGUGGCAAAACCAGGCCUUGGCCGCGUUAGAUCUGGACGUGAACAGUGCCGAAGUGUGGUUCCGCGUGGGGGAGCUGUUUUUGACGUCGGCUGAGAUCGUGUACUACGACCCCCUGAUCCGCGUCGAACUGGGCAUUGCGAUGCUGCGGAAAGGCUUCGAGCUGUACACGGAAAGGAUUCUACUUUCGAUAUUACAGUGAAAAGUGCCCCCCACGCCCAAAGUUGCAAAAAUUUGUGAUGCGAAGUUUCCUAAUCCAAAUGCAAACUUUUUGUCAUGCAUGAAAGGAGUAUGCAUCUUUCUGAUGCAGAGUCUAGGCGUGUAUCGCAUGGCUUGCAUGACAAGCGCCGCCAUCGCUGGGGUCUUUUGCAGUACAAAUUUCUGCUAUUCACGAUUGGAAACCUGUGACGCUGAUAGAUGCAAGAGGGCGAGUGUUUCACUUGGAAAGGUUUGCAAUGCAAACGCUCCCAAGUUCGGGGGUGGGGGCAUUUUUCAUUGUAAUAUUCGACCGAAAAUAUCAAAACUGGUAGCUUCGACGCGGAAGUAGAUGAAGAUUUUCUGAAGAACUGCGACCGGGAGAUGCACGUCGGGAAAAGCGGAAUUUCAUCCUCUUCUUUGUCGCAUCCGACGCAACAGGAAGACGCUGUGAACAACAACACCGAAGCUUCUCUGGCUGUUUUGAUGUCACAAUCCACCAGAAAAAACCCUUCCGUCGCUCUGUACGGCACGGAGGACGAGGAGAAGAUUUACGCCUUGCACGACAUGUAUGAAUUGUAAAAAUGUCUGGGUCUGGAAGAUUCUGAGAUUUGUCAUGCAUGUUUUGCAUGAUCCAGGAUGUCUGUAAUGCACGACCGCGCAUCACAGAUUUUGAGCGGGCUUCCUGAUGCCUACUCCGCAUGACAAACGCCCUCCCCGCGUAGCACAAACUAGACUCCUCUUGCUGGUCAUGCAAUACAGAUUUUUCUAGAGUCCAAAGUUAGCAUCACAAAUGCCAAUCUUCCAGACCCAGACACUUUUACAUUUGAUAACAUGGCUUUCGACCUGCCCGUCGACGUGUACGGACCGCACCUGCAGAAAAGCUACCCGGACAUCGUUGUGGGCAAGCAGCCGCCCUACUGCCAGAGCCUGCCGGCCUUCGAGACGGAGGCCCCCGACAAGAGCGCGUGGACGGAGCAGCCGCGACGGCAGGGGGUGAUCUUCCAGGGGAGACUGGCGGACUUGAGGCCGGGCGAGAUCUACAAGCACCCGCUGAAAAAGUGGUACGGCAUCAACAGUCUGCAGAGCCUGACCUGGCCCCUGUCCCAGCAGGGCCGGUUUUACUCCUCCAUGGAAAAGGUGCUCGCGAACGCGCGGAACGACGACCAAAAUCUGGAGGCCAACGCGACAAACCAAGAAAUCGCGAUGCACGUGCUGACGCAGAACGUGGCCCGCGUGGAGUGCAAUCUGCACGUGCUGGCGCACUCGUUCAUGACCGCACUCGGACCCGGCCGCGCGGUGUGGUGGCUCAAGUGGGCAUUCACGCAGGUGGCGAAACGGUUUGAGGAAGAGAAAACGAAGGAGAAGAAGGAACCCUCAGUUGCUGAAAGACCAGCUAACGAUGGAGUUCGUAGCAACAUGAAAAUAUUAAAAUGUGAAGAAUUGACGCGGCAGCGGGAUUUGCUUGCGCUGCCGCGACUCCGAAAAGCGAAGAAUAAGAACGUAGAUGUCGAGCUGUCGGAUUUUCUCUUCCUGUCCGAUAACGCUGCAAGAAGUGAUGAAAAAGCGCAUGUGAUGAACGACGAAAAGAAGGAUGAAAAUGUGAAACCUAAAAGUUCCAAGAACAUGAUCAACGAGCAGGAGGUAAAGGAGUCUUCCUCUUCUGAAGCGAAAAUAAAUGCGAAGGUCCUGAAAAAAGAAGAAAAUGGCGACAUUGCCGCCAGCGCAGGUCCUCAUGCAGCGGUUCAUAGCCCAUCUUCAACAGCUCCACUCCCAUCUUCCGCUGACAAGGCAAGUAGCAAAAAACCGGUGCACCAGAAGAAAAAGCUUCGGAUUUCGCAGGUGUUUCCGACGAAAAUAGCGGUGCAAAAUUUGCUCGCCCAGGGUUUUUUCUCGGAAGAAACGAUUGAUGACCUCGCGGACACUGCUGUAGCGAAGUACAAGAAAGCGAGAAAGCAGGUCCAGAAGAAGCAACAGGCGAAAGAGGACGCUAAAGCUGCGAAAGGUGAUUCCUCCAAAAAGAAGAAGAAGACAAAUAAAGACAGUGAUGUUGAACAAGAUAUCAAAUCUACUCCACCCGCUGCAGCCCCGUCGACACUUUUGGUGACACAGAAGUUCUGGCAGGCGCAGCAAAACAAUCCGCGGUUUUUUUCCGGCAAGGCGGAGGGAAAGAAGUGGAAGUCCAUGUACCAGGGCCCCCGCAGCCGCGUCUUUACCCAGCUGCUCGCCUAUAUGGAUGUGUCAGGUUUGAAAUCGUCAAAGUUGAAAUAGUUUGCAAUGCGUAAAAUCUAUACCAGUUGGACCCAGCACAGUUUCCAAUCGGCGCAUGACAAAUUUUCCUGGCCUCUGAAGGAAGUCUGUCAUGCUGUUUAGAGCAAGAUGGCUCCUCCCUGUCAUGCUAGUCAGCAACCCAAUUCCUCACCCUUACCAGUACUAGAAUCAGCCUCCCUUGCGUCCUCUGCAAUAGAGUCAGUCUCUGUGUCGCAUUUUGUGCAUUACAAAUCAUUUCAACUUUGUCGAUUUCAAACCUGACGCUUCCAUAGCCUACGUCGAGGCCGUCGCGAUUCAGGUUGCGGACCAGGUCUUGGGCAUGGACGUCGAAAUAUGAAUUGCAAAUAUGUCUGGGUCUGGAAACUUGUAGUGCUAAAAGCGAAUGAUAGACGCACUGCAAAACGCAGCUAUGCAAGACAAAUUUUUUGGCUGCCGAAUGUUACGUAUUCCGCAUGGCAAGCUGCGUUUUUGUAUAUCAGGUAAGGGGGACUUUUCGUGCCUAUGCAACACAGAUUCUCAAGUCAUGCCAGACAAGCAUGACGAACUAGCAUUCUUCCAGACCCAGACAUAUUUGCAGUUGAUACGAAACGGUGCUGAACAAAAAGGCAAGCCUGUUUCGGGCGGAAAAAUUUGGGCUGGUUCCCGAGGCGGAGUCGAGCAGUAGCGGGACGACGAACAUCAUGGCCGACACGUCGAAUAUAUGCAUUGCAAAAGCAUCGUACUAGUAUAAAUUGCAAGUUGUGCCCGCCGCUCACAGUAGAAGUGAUUGAAAAGCGUAAGAAUGAAGCAGCGCUGAAGGCAAUCAAAAAGAAGAAGCUCACGGCCGAGCCGAUACCCGGGGAAGCUACAGCUACGCAUGGAGAUGUAGUAAACUACUUCGCGGCCCAGUACAAGGGUAGACCGGACCAGGUGUACACGAAGAAUGGUUUUCUUGUACCGGACGAAAGCGAGUGGAAGGAAAAGGCCUGCAAGGACGCUAGGGACCGCUCGCACGCUAAAGCAGAGGCGGGCGACUUUUGGGAGCUGACGCGAACGGAGUUUGCGGCGGCUAUACGAAAACUGGAAUGCAACAAGAGCCCAGGGAGGGACGGGGUCACGCACGAGUUGGUGAAAGCAUUGACGGGAACAGGGUGGGAGUGUCUCUACAGGUGUUAUUAUGUUUUAAUCAAAUACAACGAAUUCCCUAAAAUAGGGAGGGAGAUUAUCCUUGCCCCGGUCGGGAAAACCGAAGGGCAACCCUACACGGAGAGCCUGUUCCGGCCAGUUUCCCUGUUAUCAGUUUAUGCGAAGGUGUGGGAGGUGAUACAGGACCGAAGGCUCUGCCUUUGGCUGGAGGGAUAUCAGUGGAAUGGGGCUAAACGGAUUGAAAAUGCAAAACCACAACUACCCCUCUUCUCGCUUGCAUACAGAAAGAACUUCUGCAAAGAAUUUGGCGCAAUUUCGAUACUUGAGUAUUUAUUUUCACCGGAAGGAAUGAAUACAAAAGGCAUGAGGAAGUUCUUACUUUUGAACGACAAUGAGGCAGGUUUUGAUGUUGUCUCACAUCAAAAACUGCUGGAGACUAUGCAUGAGUUAGGGGUCCCGGAAGAUCUAGCUGCUGCCACUGUGCAGUGGCUUAGUUUUAGAACCGUCAGAAUCAAGACCGGGGACAGAUACUGGCAUCUGUCCCCGGGUAUGCCACAAGGCAGCCCCUUCUCGGGGGGCUGCUUCAAUAUCCACAAUACCCCGCUGGUAAAGAAGACGGCAGUGCUAAAUGAAGACGGAAGUCAAGCACAGUACUCCGAUGAUAAUAGCCAGUGUGGGAUAGGGGACAUGGAAGAAGUGACAAAGCUAAAAAAGGACCUGGUGCGUACGGGGAGGGAGAAACUUAUCUUUUUCGAGGAAACUAAGUCCGAAGCGGUUUUUUAUGAUGUAGGGGUGGACAAAAAGGUAGAAGUCAAUGACGCAAGCAGAUCCCUUGGCUUUUUCUAUGAUGGGACUUGGCACUUUUCCUCGCACUAUGAAAUAAUGAGGAAAAAGAUGACACAAGAAAACUCAAGCGUAGCCCGCCUCAAAAACUUACGCCUGACAGCGCGAAUAGAUGUCUAUGUCUCACUAAUAUAUAGCGCGAUAUUGUCGAACAGCGUGCCUUUUUUUCAGUAUUUCAAGAAGCAGAACAAGUUGCAACGAAAAAAAGACACCUCGAAAUAUUUGAAGGGCCAUGCAAUGCUGCCGAAGCAGACACCAAGUACGAUUUUGCAUCAUUGUGCAGGCAUACCAGAUAUCCACUCGCUCUUUGUAGUAGAGAACUUGAUGCUCUACUACAAAGGUGCGCAGCUGGAUCUCUGGCCACUAGAAAAAGCGCCCUGCGAGGAUGUAAAGAAAGUUUUUGAAAAAGAAGAUGACAGCGACCCAGUAAAGUUCUUGCUAGGCAUGGAUGGGAAGCAUGUCGCGUGGACAGAUACGACUAGGCAUAUGUCGAAGAAGAAUUUUGCAGAUGUUCAUAGUCAUUUUAGCACAAACCGGCUCUACAUAGGAAAGAUCUUCUGGAGGGGGGUGAACCUAGAUGCCAGGCCGAUGGACAGGAUAGGGGAGGACAUGGGCUUGGGACAACUUUCCGGGCUGAAGGGCGAGGAGUUAGGGAAAGCGAGAAGAGUAGUCGCGAAAGCACAUAAUGCACUGGUGCGGGGGCUUCUAAGGAAGUCGCAGGGGAAUCUGGUAUCAGCUACGGAUGGACUAGUGGAUAAGGAUCGCAAUCUGGGCGUGGGGGCGGGGGCGAGUUGGUGGUGGGAGCCCGUUGGGGACGGAGGCACGGGUGAACUACAAACGGAAGCAGCCAGGAGAAGGCAGCUUUCCGGACCCAGUUUGGAUAUCUGGGGCAUAUAUCUGCGCACCAUUAGAAGAUGUGCAAACAGAUUCCUUUGAUGCGGAGUGCAUUGGUCUGAUACAGCAACUAAAAGAAAUAGAGCAGAAGAUUAGGACUAGCCCACACAUCAAGCACAUGCUUCGGCGUUUUUACUUUUUCCUGGACAGCAACAGCAUAGUGCAGGCACUGGAGUGCUUUAACGAUAGCAGCAACGAGAUGAUCCACUGCAUAAUGAAGCACAUGGAGCAAAUACAAGCCGCCUGCAUAGGGGAGAAACCGAACGAAGAGGAAGAGGUAUGGUUUCACUUCAGGUGGACACCGGGGCACUGCGGCCAAAUAGCCAACGACUGCGCGGAUCACCUCACGAACAUCUACAAGGAGAUGUGGGGUGAUGGGGUGCAGGACUACAGCGAUGAAGCAGAGCGGCCGAUCUAUAAAAAGAUGAUUACGGCGCCUAUUCUGCGGCGCCUACUUUUGAAAAGAAUAUUGGCUGAAAAUCUCGAAAAGAGCUCCUCUGCCUCGGAGUACUUGCGCGAGCGCGCGAAGUCUCUGGGGGGGUUCAGACCGCCCGUAGGGGUCUUUCCCAACCGGGGGUCGGAACUGCUCUACUUUUGGAUUUGGUUGGGGAUCGCGCCUCAGCCUCAUCUUGGCUGUGGCGAGAUUCUUUUUGUCGAUGGAAAAAUGCAACAAAAACGCAGCAAAUGCCUGAAGGCCCACCAGUGUGGUGUUGAUCAUAUUCUCUUUGAGUGUCCGGAGGUAAAAAAGCCGCGCGUGCGCCACUUUGGUUUUGAGAGCUGCCCGCCUACUAUAGGCCGGGAGCUUUUGAGAAACCCGAGGAGGGUGUUGGGGUUUGUCGUAGAUGAAGAAGCAAAGCUAACCCAUGACUUCUUUCGAGAAAGGGUGGGGAACUGCAUUGAAAAAAUAGGAUCUACAAUUGAAAAGGCAGCAAAGCAACAUGAGAAACUACCAAACUCAUAUGAGAAAAUGGAUGCAAUGGCAGGCAGUUUUGUUUUUACAGAUAAGAUUCCAGCGAAAUAUCUCACCAGGAGAAGAUGAUAAGCAGUGGCAGAUAGUAUGAAUUGAAAAAAAUGAAAAACUUCAAAAAAUCUAAACUACAGGAGCGCAUUCAUCACAAGUGAAAAAACAAACAACUCGAGAAAUGCUUGCAACAAAAAGAAAAACGAAAUCAACAACCACGAGUGGGGCUGAGAACGAAGACGGAAUAGGUCAAGAUGAAUGAAGAUACCAGGUAUAGUAAUUUUGCGGCUCAACAUAGGAGAAUGUCUCAAGUUUGGAUGUGUUUGUGUAGACAUAUUGCAGCGGAAUUCUUAAAGACUGUAAUGCGGGGGUAGCAGUAAAGAGCGUAGUUGUUGGCGCUGCGGGUAGAGGAUUUCUGCCUAAAAGAAUGUACUGCGAGAUCGUGAUACCUCGGCCGGGGGAGCAGGCCUAGGUGUUGAGAGGGUUGCGUCCUGUUGGUCUUCGCUGUUUUGCUUCGUCCUCUGGCGCCAUACUGACUGCGCCCUCUUACUCGUCGACUGGGCAUGGUCUGGCAUCGCUGCGCGGGAUGCCAUACUGGUCGGGCUUAGUAGGAGUCGCCUCCGGCCUCUCUUCACCACAGCAUCGGGCUGAGGGUAGGAUGGUAUUAUUGUAGCGAGUACUACAGGCCUGCUUUUUGUUUUUAUUGUGCACUGUCGGCUUCUGUGAGCCUGAGCGCCACGAGGCAUUAGAUAUUAGCUACAGCGCAGCUCACGGACUGCUGGAGCCGGGAGAAGAGCUGUCCCUCUAAGUAGAUCCCUGUCUCUUUCUUUACUUAGCCGCCGGGCUGGGGCGGAGGCACGAGUUUAGCCCUGAGGCUAUUUUCUGUCUUACUGUUCCGGCGAGCCCUUGUAUUCGGGCAACACAGUGCACAGGGCAGGUCGAAAGAGCGCGCCCUAUGAAGAAGGUCACGCGCGAGAGUUGAUCUCGUUUUUAUACUUAUCAUCAAUUUGUAAUGCUGAUUUGUCACUUUUUCUAAAAAUAUGUCGACUUACACUUAUUUAUGAAGUAGCAAGGCAGUUAUUCAUAACAUGAAGAUGAAGCAAAAAGUAUAUUCAUAAUCACAAAAAAUUAAUCAAACAGGUCCCUGCCGCGCAUCCCGCGAUGACUUCAAAGAGGGAACCCCACUGCCAGAUCUUGGUGACUUUGCCGCUCGCUGCUGAAAAAUUAGAAUCUAUACUUGUACCAAACAGCGCCCUAGAAUAACCUUGUACAUAGUGCGUGGCUUUGUCGCCUAGUCCCCUGGAAGAAGAAAGAAAGUUGAAGUAAAGUAAGACAGGGACCUGGUACUUCAAAUUUUUUCGUCUAUCGUUCUCGCUUCAGCCUCGUUGCUCGUCGGAAUGAAAGGAAGUCGUUUGAAGUCGUAGCGGGUGAAACGAUGACCGCAGUCGUCAGAUGUAGUAUUGGAAAUGUUCGUAGACCACUUGGUGAGCGUCUCAACACAAAAAGCAACAGGAAAAACAGGGACCGCCCGCUUCAGGUGCGGAGAGCAGAAAAGUAGAGUAAUUAAUUUAUCAGAUAUUGACAUGGAGUAGAGCAUGAUAAAAGUAACAGAGUAAGCGAAGAAGAUAAAAGCGUAUGUGUGUGCGUGUGUAGGAAGUGUAGUAAGUGUAAGCUUUAGGCGCUAUUUCACAAAUGCAUUGCCUCGGCUUUUAGAUUGAUAUGUGCUUGCCUUACUAAGAAGCACACCGUCAUAGCUGCGUUAGGAAUUAUAGAAACAAAAAAUGAAAAUGAGGAUUGUUCAGCUCGUGAUGUCAUGUUGCGCGUUGCCUCUACGAGGCCUGCUUCGUAUGGUCAUGGUGUACAUUGCCGCGUCUACGUCUGGAGGAGAAAGAGGUUCUGUUACUGCUCAGGGGAGGCCUAAGCCUGGAGGAGGGAAGCAGAAGGGGCUUGCACAGAGAUCGAUUGCCAAGGACGCGACGGUGCCACCCCGCGAGGAUUCGCCGCGGAGAAUAUCAAAAAGGUAGGGCCAAUGGCCACGGGAACGCCGAGUAUACCCGCGCUCUUCUUCGUGAAACGCCCCCCGCUCUCAGCGUGUCGAUAACAAAAGAAAGAAAAAGAAAAAUCAAACAAAGCGCAAAAGAAAUUAAAAAAAAAUGAAAAGAAAAUGAUAAAGAGAAAAAGAACAACACAGGACAAGAAAAUAAUCAGCACAAGAUGACAAAAUAAAUCAAAAAAUCAAAAAAAAAUGAAAAGAAAAUCAAAAGAAAGAAAAGCAAGAACAGCGCAAAACCGACACGCUAGGAGCCUAGGAAAAAAAAAAAUUGCAUUACAAAUUUCCUUAACAUUACAAAUUAAGUUUGUAAUGCGGUUCUGCCUUAGGAAAAAGAUUUGUAAUGCAUAAAAGCAAUUAGUACGAGUACGAUACUUUUGCACAAGAUAGAAUACAAACCGCAGCCGGUCCACCGUGACGUCUUUGAACCAGUUGUCUCUGUUUCAACCCGAAAGAACAGAAAAUGAAGCACUAUGGAUUGCAAAAAUGUCUGGGUCUGGAAACAUUGAACUUGUGAUGCUAGUCCUACGUUGCUGUAAAAUCUGUAUUGCAUGACUAACAAAACGACACCUCCUUUGUUAUACAAAAGGGCAGUUUAUUCUCAUGCGGACUGCGCAUGAGAAAGUGUCCGGAAAACUUGUCAUGCUUGGCUUCAUUGGGAAGUAUUUCACUAAUGCACAUUUCAGCAUCACGAAUUUCCAGACCCAGACAUAUUUGCAGUUGAUAAGUACGCGGCAGGUCCGAUUUAGUCCAGGAGUUUAUGGAGUUCCAAGAACGGACGCUUUUCGACCCGAGACGGCGGCAGCCCUACAUUUCUUUUCACUGGACCCUGGUCGCGGAUAAAGAUGGGCAGCACCCGGUGCACACGCACCAUUCCGGCAUUGUCAGCUGUGCGGUUUACUUGAGAAGCGACGGAAUGGAGACGCCGUUGAUUUUUCUGGACCCGCGCGGAAAGAUAUCAGCGGGGAAAUAGCUUAGCAGAGCACGGUUCUUGUACGUAAGUAUACAAAGUCUGCGUAUAAAUGCGAUAGUUGAAGUAGAUGCACAUUAACACAGAAAGAGCGCAGUUGUAUCCAUAGGCGCAGUUGUAUCCAUAGGCGCAGUUGUAUCCAUAGACACAGUAAGCACUCACAAGCACGCGGAUGGUACAACUACUACAAGUUGUUGUGAUUGAAACAUGCGGUACUUCAUCGUCCUAGUCCUUGGAUGUGCAGUUGCUAUAGCUUUUUGCCACAGGACAGCCUGGCGUUUUCUUCGAUUACAAGGAGAACAACAAGAAAUCUCCGGCAGUGCCAUUCAACGCGGGCUGGCAGCCGAACGCGCCGUUCCACCAGCCGUAUUACGUUUUUCCGAAGAAGUAUGGGAGUGUCAGGAUCGAAAUCGACAGAGUCGAAAUGAUUUUUCAUGCAUAAAAUGCAACCGACAAAGUGCCUGUGUUGCAGAGUAGGCAAUUGAGACAGAUUGUAAGCCUGUUGAGGGGUGGAAGUGGAGCUGCUAAAGUAGCAUGACAAAAGUUGUCCUACCUUCCCAACCAGCAUGACAAACUGGAUUUCGGCUCUACAACCCAAUUUUGUCAUGCGCCACUUGGAAACUGGGUUACAAAUGGCAUCCAUUUUAUGCAUGGCAAAUCAUUUCAACUUUGUCGAUUUCGAUCCUGACAGUUCCAUAAGAGGGGGGACGUGGUCUGCUUUCCCUCGUGGCUCGUGCACCAGGUGCCGCCACACGGGAAGGAAACGGGCUACCGGGUGGGAAUCGCUUUUCUGCUGAUGGCGCCCAAUCGCAUUGACCACUGGUUUCACGGUGCGGCGGCCGUGGCAUGA